AUGUAAUUAGAAAAUCCUAAACCACAAAUUUUUCAAACAGGUAAUUUUGAAUUCAGUUAAUAAUAUAUUAAAAGAAAGUAAUAAGAAUAUGACCCAGAAAUUGAAGAUCCUAUUGAUGAAUAUGAAAUUUUUGAUAUAAUUAAAACAAUUAAAGAUCCUGAACAUUCAUUUACUUUAGAAUAAUUGAAUAUAGUAAAUCCUAAUGAUAUUUAAAUCUAAGGAAAUAGAGUAAUUGUGUAUUUUACUCCUACUAUUCCUCAUUGUUCUAUGGCUCAAACAAUUGGACUUACUUUAAAAAUUAAAUUGAUGAGAAGUUUACCUAAAAAUUAUAAAAUUUAUGUAGAAAUAAAGGAAAAUAUGCAUAUCAAAGAAAUUGAAUUAAAUAAAUUAUUCUAAGAUAAAGAAAGAGUCUUGGCUGCUAUUGAGAAUUAAUAAUUGUUAAAGAUAAUUAAUUUUGGAAUAUAAGGAAUAAGAUGA